UUCCCUUUCUGACAAUGCUUUGAGUAGAGGGAGCGUAUUUUCACCAGCAAUCUGCUUGCAGACAUCUCUGUCGCUCCGUGGUAAAGGAAAGGAUAAUCAUCAUAUAUUUAAAAGGAAAGACCACGUCGGGUUUCAGUCUCCGUGGAUUAUACAUACCGUUCCAAAUGGGAAGGAAACUUUACAGUGCGCUUGCCCAUGGUUUGGUUCUAUGUUUAAAAAGAACAUUACAACAAAUGCUCAUUUAAAAGUGGACAAAAGUGGACUCUUCCUAUUGUGGUAUCAUACAGAGUGUCCACGGACGGAUUUUAUUGAGUAAACAUGAAAGAUUUGAUAAUGCCAUUAUCUCAAUUAAAAUAAUAACAACUGACCAGUAUUUGAAACUUGUUGGUUUGGAGGAGAAAUGAAACGGCUAUCUUUAUGCAUUUGUUUCCUUAGAGUUGUACCUAUUGGGGACCGAGGCGAAAGAACGUGGAGACGUUUGAUGAAGUAACUGAAAUAAUAAACAAUGUAUUAUAUCUUUUGUGCGCCUGGAUGGCUAGUUUCAGCACUUACUGUGUCCGAAAUGGAGGGAAAUAAUGAAGAGAGAGUCCACAUCCACGGAAGUUGGAUCUUUUUUCCUAUGGCAUUCCGAUUCUUCUCAGAGUGAGAAAGAGCAAGUUAUACUAAAUGGGGAAUACAAAUGCGCAUGGCAUUGCGAUCUGGAGAACUGAGAAAACCCGGUUUGCGCCAAACAUUUCCCCGCGUAAUGGUCAAAUAACAAUGGCACACUAAGAAACCGUUUUCUAAACAGCGCGGUUCACAGCAUCAGAGAUGAUUGCGACCGGCGGUGUAAUCACGGGCCUCGCGGCUCUGAAGAGGCAGGACUCAGCGAGGUCCCAGCAUCACCUGCCCUUGCAGACGCCAGGCUCCCAGCAGGAGAAGAAGCAGACCAAGCGCAAGCCCCGCUCCGACGUGGUGGUGGUCAGGGGCAAGAUCCGCUUCUACUCCCCCUCCGGGUUCUUCCUCAUCCUGGGUCUGCUGAUACUGAUGGUGGGCAUAGCCAUGGCCGUCUUGGGCUACUGGCCGCACAAGGAGCACCUCCUGGUGGCCGGCGCUAAGCUGUCCACCAACGACACCCAGGUGGCCCGUGACCUCGGCGGUACGGUGGCGCAGUUCUUCGAGCAGCACCUGCACUCGGAGAAGAUGAAGAUGUUGGGCCCCUUCACCAUGGGCAUCGGGAUCUUCAUCUUCAUCUGCGCCAACGCCAUCCUCCACGAGAACAGGGACAGGGAAACCAAGGUCAUCCACAUGAGGGACAUGUACUCCACCGUCAUCGACAUCCACAGCCUGAGGAUGAAGGAGAACAGGUUCAUGAACGGGGCCUGCUCCGGCCUUUACGGCGAGCAGGAGGUGAGAACUUAUGAGAACCAGUGCGCCUCCAAGCUGGCAGCCAACACCCUGCUGACCUUCUCUGGGAUGAGGAAUGACCUGCGGCCAUCCCGGAGGGCCAGCUCCACCGACGAUGAGGAGGGCCUGCUGAGUGAGGCCAAAGGAGGGUCCGGCCUUCUGCUCCCCAACUACAGGGAGAGGUCAGACUCCAUCUUUGGCCUGCAGCCUGACGGUAGAAAGCACAGGGAAGACAGGAGCAACCCCUCCAAGAGGUGCCAGACCAGGUCCAUCGUGUCGUCCUCCAUUAGCGCAUUCACCCUGCCUGUGAUAAAGCUCAACAACUGCGUGAUCGACGAGCCAGACAUCGACAACAUCACGGAGGACUCCGAGCUUCGGAGGGACCGGUCCGGGCCUCCGUCCGUGGAGUCCCUGGCUGUCCCGUCACCAGACAUAUCCAAAGUGUCCAAAUCCCCGAACAUGAUUUUCCUCAGAAGCAAUUCUGACACGGAGUCCCCCUCCAUGUCCUCGAGAACAUCCCUGUCUCCUGGCUCUGCCAGCGAGAGGUACCUCUCUCCCGGCGCCGCCCGAAAGGAUUUCGGCUCCAACAGCUCCCUCCACAUGCUCUCCGUCCACUCCAAGUCUCUGGACCUGGAGAGGGGUUCCUCGACGCUGACGGUCCAGCCAGAGCAGAGGAAGCACCCAAGCUGGCCGAGGCUGGACCGCAGCAACAGCAAGGGGUACAUGAGGCUGGAGAACAAGGAGGACCCCAUGGACAGGCUGCUGGUGCCGCAGGCCUCCAGCAAACGGGAUUACACCAAGAAAGAAAAACUGCUCAUGAUCUCCAGGUCUCAUAACAACCUGAGCUUUGAACACGACGAGUUCAUGAGCAACAGUUUGAAAAGAGGUACCUCAGAAACCAGGUUCUAAGCCAAAUGCUACCGCAGAUUCGCUAUCUGUAUGGAAAAUAACAUUGCUGUCCGCACCGAAGAAAAUGUGACAAAAUCUUUAGUACCAAUGACAGUCUUCAUUGGCACUCUAAAAUCACUGUUAGUUUGAAAAAUAGCAGUAACAGUUUAAGGUGUUCCUAAGAGUAAAUGAGGUUAAAUAUGUACUUGACAUUUGCAUUAUGUAAUCCUAUUUAAAUGAAGGCUGAAACCUAGAAUAUUCUUGUCUAAGUGAAGUUGAACUUGAAAAUGUCACCAAAAAACAACAUAAAAACCUUGUGAUUUGAUUUGUUACUGUAUGUUUCAAUCAUUUGUGCAGUGUUGAGACAUGAAGUUUCGUUUCCCCUUAAUAAUCAGUCUGUAUUGUACCAGAGUUGGCUAGCUAUUUUAUUAUGGAGCUUUUAAAUUUUUUGUUCUUUACACACACUGCUAUUUUUGGAAAAGGGGGCAGGGGCAGCAUUACUGUAUAAUUUCCAUGUUUCACAUGAUGAAAUAAAGCAACAUCUUUUCAAAUGGU